CUGCUUGUUCUUCACUGACGGUUCUGGUCCACCUUAUGGGUUUUACACACAGAAACACAACACUGCACUCGUGUUCUUGGUCACGAGUUUAAAACGGGAUCCGUUUGUGCUUCUUUUGUCUCCCACGUGCGAAAAAGUGGAUCCGAAUUUGAGGAGUGUCAGCGGAGCAGGCCUGUGCAAGACAGGGAGAGGAAAACAUCACAGAAGAUGAGGAAGAGCCGGAGUGUUCUAACUGUGUCACCUAAUGAGGACUGUAAAGAGCCACCGGACAGCAGACUGAGUGAGUCUUUCACUUCUUCAGGUUGUACACUGGGGGUGGACCUGCGGCGACGACGGCGGCGGUUUUCUGGUAACUUACAGUUGCCUCCUUUAUCAUGGAGGCAGAUGGAGAGGUCACGCAGUCCAGAUGAAGAAUUCAUGGCAAGACCGACUACCCUGCCCUUCAUCACACCCCCGCGCAUUGAUAUCACGCCUGUGGACACCGAGUGUUUCGAUGUGGAAAAUGGCCCGUCUGCAAGCUGUAGUCCUUUGGACCCCCAGGCCUCACCGGGAUCUGGCCUGGUUCUGCACACAAACUUUCCCGGCCACAACCAGCGGAGAGAGUCCUUCCUCUACCGCUCAGACAGCGACUAUGACCUCUCACCAAAGUCAAUGUCCCGAAAUUCAUCUGUCGCCUCAGAACUGCAUGGGGAUGACCUGAUAGUCACACCUUUUGCUCAGGUUCUAGCAAGCCUUCGAAGUGUCAGAAACAACUUUACCGUCUUGACAAAUGUUCAGUGCACAUCUAACAAGAGGUCCCCUGUGUCAAACCAGCCCUCCAUCACCAGAGUGUGCCUGCCUGACGAGUCCUACCAGAAGCUGGCCGUGGAGACCAUGGAGGAGCUGGACUGGUGUCUGGAUCAGCUGGAAACCAUCCAGACGUAUCGCUCCGUCAGCGACAUGGCCUCCAACAAGUUCAAGAGAAUGUUGAACAGGGAGCUGACGCACCUCUCUGAGAUGAGCAGAUCUGGAAAUCAGGUGUCAGAGUUUAUCUCCAACACCUUCCUAGACAAACAGAACGAUGUGGAGAUUCCCUCGCCUACACCGAAAGCCCGUGAGAAGAAGAAAAAACAGCAGCUGAUGACUCAGAUCAGUGGUGUGAAGAAAGUGUCCCACGGGCCCAGCCUCAACUGCGGCAUCGCUCGAUUUGGCGUCAAAACUGACAAAGAGGAUUUACUGUCAAAGGAAUUAGAAGAUCUGAAUAGAUGGGGCUUGAAUAUCUUUACUGUAUCAGAGUAUUCAAACAACCGGCCUCUUACUUGCAUUAUGUACGCCAUCUUCCAGGAACGAGACUUGCUUAAGACUUUCAAGAUCCCGACAGAUACCUUUGUGACGUAUAUGAUGACCCUUGAGGAUCACUACCACCAAGAUGUGGCCUAUCAUAACAGUCUUCACGCUGCUGAUGUGGCCCAGUCAACUCACAUCCUGCUGUCCACACCUGCACUAGAUGCUGUCUUCACCGAUCUUGAAAUCCUGGCAGCUAUUUUUGCAGCAGCCAUCCAUGAUGUGGACCAUCCUGGUGUUUCAAACCAAUUCCUCAUCAAUACAAACUCUGAGUUAGCCCUCAUGUAUAAUGAUGAGUCAGUUUUGGAAAACCACCACUUAGCUGUGGGCUUCAAGCUUCUCCAAGAGGACAACUGUGACAUCUUCCAGAACCUCACAAAGAAACAGAGAACGUCACUCCGAAGGAUGGUCAUCGACAUGGUACUAGCCACAGACAUGUCUAAACACAUGAGCUUACUGGCCGAUCUGAAGACCAUGGUGGAGACGAAGAAAGUGACAAGUUCGGGAGUCUUACUUUUGGACAACUACACAGACAGGAUACAGGUUUUGCGGAACAUGGUUCACUGCGCAGAUCUGAGCAAUCCCACCAAGUCUCUUGAGCUGUACCGCCAGUGGACUGACCGCAUCAUGGAGGAGUUCUUUCACCAGGGUGACCGAGAGAGAGAGCGUGGCAUGGAAAUCAGCCCUAUGUGCGACAAACACACUGCCUCUGUGGAGAAAUCACAGGUGGGUUUCAUCGACUACAUUGUCCAUCCCUUGUGGGAAACCUGGGCAGACUUGGUCCAUCCGGAUGCCCAGGAUAUCCUGGACACGCUGGAGGAUAAUCGGAACUGGUACCAGAGCAUGAUCCCACAGAGCCCUUCUCCGCCCUUCUACCAGCCCGACAAAGAAGGCAACGGUGGGAGUUCAGGUCCUGACAAGUUUCAGUUUGAGCUCACACUAGAAGAAGAGGACUCGGAAGGCACGGAAAAAGAUGAACAGAGCCAGGGAGACGAGGAAGAGGAGGCAGAAGAAGACAGAGGGGAAGAAAUGGAAUCCACUACACACAUCCAGAUAGUUACAGAAGACGCCUCACCGGUCGACACAUAGGAUUUGUCGUCCUUGCAUAGGCGGUAGCUGUUUUUUUCCCCUUGCGAGAGGAGCAAUCUUGCAGUUGAUGCUUUUUAAAAAGCCCACAUGGGGUGCUUUUUUAGGCCCUCGUGGGAGGAGGAUGUCUUGCCCUCCUUGCACUUACGUUUGGAGACAGUUUGGUGGGAGCUCUCAGGAAAUAAAUGCUGCAGACAUUUUGGACCUGAACAAUUGACAGGCGACUUUGAUAAACAUGAAGGAUUGGGGCCAACGCGGACAGUCUGUUUGUUUGUUUACCAGGCGGUGUGGAGUAGACACUACUGAGAGGAUUUUUCUUUUUUUUUUUUUUGGUUGUUGUUUUUGUAUCAACACAGACUUUUUGUAAAGCUAUGGGUGUGUGAUGAGGUCAAACACGAACUACUGAAGAACAAGUAUUUGUAAAGAGAGAAACUGUUUACUUUUCUGUACCAUUUGUCUAAAGACUGUGUGCCUUUUUACUAUUGUCUUUUUAAUAGUCUUUUAUUUAUUGAACACGUUUUAGUAUAACUGUAUGUCGAAAUGUUUUUGUUUUCUAAAGCAAACCAGACUGAACAUGCAGAAUUGUUUUAUAUCUACGCUGGAGAGAGAUCUUAGUGUCUUCCUUUGUUUGGCAAUAGAACUUAAUAAUCCAAACGUCUGACAAACGAUCAGAAAACUUUGAAAUGAUGAAAGAGGCACUUUCUGUUUAUUCGAUCUACAUUGUGUCGGACUUUUUAACUAUGAGCACAAUUUCUGUUUAUUUGGAAUCAUCCCAUUCACAUUAGGGUAAGAAAUCUGCGUCGUUGCACAGAAAAAACAAACUAGAUGCCCUUGAGUAUGAAGACCCCAUUUACUGUAGAAACAAAUACAAGCACCCUAAAAGGAAUCAAAUCUCGAUGGACGGUCUCAUCAUGUUCUAAAAUCAAAGGGGAAGCCAAAGUAAAUUCGUUAAUUUGCUUUCAAUUCAUCAUAUUCGUCUUCCGCACAGCAAGCAUUUUCCACCUUACCAUCAUAAAUUUACAUAAAAAUACGUAAAAAUACGUAAAAAUACGUAACAAUACGUAAAAAUAUGUAAUUUUUUUAAAAAUCUGUCAAAACUAGCUUUUGUUACACACUUUGAUAUACAGAACGUUACUUUCGGCCCACUGUAAAAACAUUGACUUGAUCUCAUAAUUGUCUCACGAAAAUCUCCCCCCCCAAAAAAAUGUCAGCUCUCAACAUGAACUGGUUGAAAUUAGCAUUGUCGUCUCACACAUUUUGUCAUCCUUUACAUCCACGUUUGUGUGUGGCUCAUGCUUUAAGGUACUUGACCUACCUUACGCUCAAAGUCUCAACAGUUAAUGGCCAAAGUAGCAUGCAAAAGUACGUUUGCGCGCACAUUUGUACGUGUCGACACAUUACUGUGUUUGUGUGUGCGAGCGUCGCUCAAUCACCAGCCCACGCUUUUUUUCACAACUCUUUCCAUUCACUUUGUUUAUAUGCGCUCAGAUCGGUCCUCUACUGUUUAUAACAGUGUAUUUAUUACCGUUAACUGUACAUAGAAAUAAUGUUUCUUUGUAAAUGGAUUAAUUUAUAUGCACUUGCAUUACCGAAAAUUGGUGGUGUUUCUUGUGUAGUGGGCUCUUGGACUGAGUCUGUUUUAUUUAGUAACAUUGUUUAUGUUUUAAUAUAAAUAAAUAUAUAUUAUAUAUACUAUGUAUGAAUAUAUUGCACAAUUUUCAACUGCCCAGAACAGUAGCCUAUGAGACACGCGACCCAUCGGUAACGGGGAGAGUCUGUAGAUAUAAAGACAUAAAUACAUACUGUAGACAUCUGUCGGAUAUUAGAAGCUUUGUGUAUCACUGUUUGGUGUAACAUCGAUAAAUCAGUAUCUCACAGAAACGUGGCCCUCAAAUAUAUUGACGACAUUUUGAAUGGAGAUUGCUAAAAACGGCUCAGAAGCGGCCUGUAAAUGCACUUUUGCAGGGGGAGGCAUUGCUCACCAACGUCACAAUCUCCGAACAACAAUGUGAAAGCGGUAUAAUUACGACAAUGUGAUCUUCUGUAAUUAUUUGUGCUAAUGUGAACUAUUUUUCUGACCUUGUUAGCAGUUUUGAAAUUCAAAUUGUCAGUAUAACUUUGUUAAUCUAUGUUUGAGAUCUUUUGGUCCCGUUUGCGUCCAAAAGGAUUGAACAGAAUUAGUGCUAUCUGCAUGAGGGAUGAGUUUUUAUCGUCUGGUUAUCCCACAUUGUUGCAGGUGAAUAUUCAAUGUUUCACACAAUGUAUGGUAAUAAUAUUGUAUAUUGUGUUCAAUAAAAUCUGAAGCUACUUUUCUAUGAAGUGAUUAAAGACAAAGCAUGAAUAU